CACACUACUGCUAGUACUGCACGAUCUCAUAAAUUGAUAUACAGUAUAUAUAUAUAUACUUUAUUUAAGCUCUGUACAAUAAACCUACAAGGAAGACUUCUGCGACGGCCACAACACCAACAUCUCCAUAUACUGUACUUUUAUAACACUGCAAUUCUGACUAAUGUAACAUCAAUAGAAGCAAACAUAAUAUUAUAAUAUUACCAUCUGUGAAUUCAUCAGCAGCUUCACUUCCCUCUGAGUCACCCACAAAAGACGGAAUCAACUCCAUGUGCAUGGUAGCAGUACUGUCCAUCUAGCCAAUAUGAGGUUUAUGAAACUCGAGCGAUUAUUUACCUUUUUGAUCAUCUUUUCACCCUUGACUUUGAUGGUCAUGUACAUGCACUACGAGUUCCCUAAGUUGUGGUUCCUGUCCAAGUUUGAUUUUAAUAAAGAGGAUAGGUACACAAUCCGCUGCACAUCAGGUAAUAAGUGCGAAUUACGUCUCCACAACCACUUCAAGCCUAAUGUUGAGAAGAACCUUAUGAUUCUCGCAAAGCAUAUGAAGAAAGUCACCACGACGAAUUUCCACCUAGAUCGUGGUAAUGACUCACAUUUACAGGUAAGAUCCACUGCCGAAACAAAAGUUGGUUUUAGGGUUAACUCACAACAAAACCCAGAAUCUAACUUAAAACAAAGCUCUGAACUUAACUUACGACAAAACGUCCAACAUUCAAGUUUACAAGAAGCAAGAGAGCAAGAACAAGACGUUCCUGAACAUGGUUGUCUACCUUUACCCCCCAAAAAUCUGGUCCACAAGGUUCCCUUACAAGAUUGCAGUUCGCCCCAUGUUGUGAUGCACAGCGGUGGUCGUCUGGGGAACAAGAUGUGUCAGUUCUUUAGUCUGUACCUCCUGCGACACUUCUUCGGCAUCAGGGUUUCAAUAAAAAAGAAGAUGCAUGAGAAUCUGAGCCUCAUAAUGAAGAGUGUGACAGUGCCAGUGCAAGAUUCUAAAUGCUUCACUAAGCACACUGAGAGUAUCUUAUAUGGCAACCUCUAUAAUAUGCUGUACAAGGCUGCCGAUGAUGCCAGAGCUCAAGGCACCCAAGACCUCAUCAGUGAGCCUCUCCUGAAGAAUUCAUACUAUGUGUCUGAUCAUCCCUGCCCAAGGGACCUGAUCCUGGCUCACAGAGAUGUGUUGCAUGAUGUCCUUGCUUUCAAAGAAGACCUACUGGAGCGUGCCAGGGAUAACAUCAACAAUGUUAUCAAGUCCGUGAACAAGACUUACAUUCGGGAGAAUGUGACGCUCAUCACUGUUCAUGUCCGCAGGGGAGACUAUACCAGGUACCUCAGGAAGCACUAUGGCUUAACACAGAUUGAUGAGCUGUAUUAUAAACAUGCCUUCGACUACUACAGAAGACGUGUGGUAAAUCCAGUGUUCGUGGUGGUGAGCGCCGAUCAUGAAUGGUGCAUCCAAUACCUCCAGGAUAAAGACGUUGUUGUUGCUGGUAAUAAGAGGGAUGUACUGCUGGAUAUGGCAAUACUGACCCUGGGUGACCACACCAUCAUUAGCUAUGGCACCUUCGGCUUCCUAGGUGCAGCCUUGGGACACGGAAACUUCACCUAUCCCUCCACCUCAAAUAAGAACUACAGAGUCUAUGACUGUGUUCACUCACCAGCUGUACAUAGCAUUUCAAGAGAUCACCUUUACACUCACCACAGCAAAAUCAAUGAAUAACAAGUGAGAAAGAAUAUAGGGAAAUAUAUUAUCCACACAUGCUACUCUUUAUCAACCAUAUAUAACAAUAUUAAGAAGAGAUUUAUUCCACAUCAACCAUACAUGCCAAA